AUGCAUUUCAUUAGAGCUGGAUUACUAAGAUCUACUAAAAGAUAUAUACUGAGCAGUACUAGAUUACUUAGUGAAGUAGAAGUUACUAUAGAUGGUAGAAGAGUGUCGAUAGAAGCUGGUUCUUCAAUUAUUCAAGCUGCUCAAUUAGCUGGAGUUACUAUACCAAGAUAUUGUUAUCAUGAUAAAUUAGCUAUUGCUGGUAAUUGUAGAAUGUGUUUAGUUGAUGUUGAAAGAAUGCCAAAAUUAAUUGCUUCUUGUGCUGUUCCUGUUCAAAAUGGUAUGAUUGUUCAUACCGAUUCUGAAAGAAUUAAAAAAGCAAGGGAGGGAGUAACAGAAAUGUUAUUAGAAAAUCAUCCUUUAGAUUGUCCAGUUUGUGAUCAAGGAGGAGAAUGUGAUUUACAAGAACAAUCUCAAAGAUUUGGUAGUGAUAGAGGUAGAUUUAAAGAACUUGUAGGUAAAAGAGCUGUUGAAAAUAAAGCUAUUGGUCCUUUGGUUAAAACUUCAAUGAAUAGAUGUAUUCAUUGUACUAGAUGUGUUAGAUUUAUGAAUGAUGUUGCUGGUGCUCCUGAAUUUGGUAGUGCUGGAAGAGGAAAUGAUUUACAAAUUGGUACUUAUAUUGAAAGAAAUAUAAAUUCUGAAAUGUCUGGUAAUAUAAUUGAUUUAUGUCCUGUUGGUGCUUUGACUUCAAAACCAUAUGCUUUUAGAGCAAGACCUUGGGAAUUAAAAAGAACUGAAACUAUAGAUAUUCAUGAUGCUGUUGGUUCAAAUAUUAGAGUUGAUGCAAGAGGUAUUGAAGUUAUGAGAGUUUUACCAAGAUUAAAUGAUGAUAUAAAUGAAGAAUGGAUAAGCGAUAAAUCUAGAUUUAGUUGUGAUGGUUUAAAAAAUCAAAGAUUAACUACUCCAUUAAUUAGAAAUGGUGAUAAAUUUGAAACUUCAACAUGGGAUGAAGCUUUAUCUACAAUUGCUGCUGCAUAUAAAAGAAUUAAUCCACAAGGUAAUGAAUUAAAAGCAAUUGCUGGUGCAUUGACUGAAGUUGAAUCAUUAACUGCUUUAAAAGAUUUAAUUAAUAAAUUAGGUUCAGAAAAUACAACAACUGAUGUUAAAUUAGGUUAUGAUUCUCAUGGUUUAGAUUUUAGAUCAAAUUAUAUUUUUAAUUCUACUAUUGAUGGUAUUGAAGAUGCUGAUGAAAUUUUAUUAAUUGGUACAAAUCCAAGAUUUGAAGCUGCUGUAUUAAAUACAAGAAUAAGAAAAGUUUGGCUUAGAUCAAAUUUAGAAAUUAAUUCUGUGGGACAACAAUUUGAUUCGACAUUUGAUAUAAAUAGACUUGGUGAUUCAGUUAAAGAUUUACAAAAAGCAUUUAAUGGAGAUAUUGGUAAAAAAUUAAGUUCUGCUAAAAAACCAUUAAUUAUCAUAGGUUCAGGAGUUGCAGAAUCAAAAGAUUCACAAUCAAUAUAUAAAACGAUUGGUGAUUUUAUAACUUCCAAAUCAAACUUUAAUCAACCUGAAUGGAAUGGAUUAAAUUUAUUACAUAGGGAAGCUUCAAGAGUAGGUGCAUUAGAUAUUGGAUUCCAAUCAAAUGAUAAAACCACACCUAAAUUUAUUUAUUUAUUAGGAGCAGAUGAAAUAUCCAAUAAAGAUAUACCUAAGGACUCCUUUGUUAUAUAUCAAGGUCAUCAUGGUGAUGUAGGAGCUUCAUUUGCUGAUGUUAUAUUACCUGGUUCAGCAUAUACUGAAAAAUCAGCAACAUAUGUUAAUUUAGAAGGUAGAACACAAAUUACAAGAGCUGCAACAAAUGCUCCUGGAGUAGCAAGAGAAGAUUGGAAGAUUAUUAGAGCUUUAAGUGAAUAUUUAAAUUGUAAAUUACCUUAUGAUGAUAUAGUUUCAUUAAGAAUGAGAAUGGGUGAAAUUGCACCUCAUUUAAUAAGACAUGAUAUAAUAGAACCAACAUCAAAUGACAUAACUAAAUUGGGUUUCCAAGAGUUAGUUGAUUCAAAUAAAGAUUCAAAAGUUUUCAAUGAACCUUUAGUUAAUCCAGUUAAUAACUUUUAUUUUACUGAUGUUAUAUCUAGAUCAUCACCUACAAUGGCUAAAUGUAUUGCGUCAUUUGGAACAAAAAUAGAUAAAAUUAAAGAUGAAAAACCAGACAUUUCAAUUGCAUAG